AUGCCUUCAGUCACAUACAUGAACCAAUCCGCUCCAUUCUGGGACUUCGUCGCCAGCCUGGAGCAGCAAGGCUCCCGGCAUCCCUCAUCUCCCCAAGGUCGCAACCAUAACCAUGAGCACGAGCACGAGUACGAAGAGGAACAUCACGGCCCUCCACCAUCCUUCGGUCCCUGGGGAUGGGGACAGUUCUUCGGCGGCGGGAGGGGAAUGCCUCAUCGUGGCCCCCCGCCGUAUGGCCCUCCUCCACAUCAUCAUGACGAAGAAACCGGCGAGAGCAACGAGACGUCUGGCGAGAAAGACCCAGAGAAGGAUGAGAACAACGACAACGGCGAAGGACCCUCGGCCAACUCAGGCUCUGACAACGAAGGUCGUCCCCAUGGCCGAGGCCAUCACGGACGCUGCGGCGGUCGACGAGGCCGAUGCGGUCCUGGUGGGCCUGGCGGACGGGGUGGCUUCGGUGGACCUGGCGGACGAGGAGGUUGUGGACCACGUCAUGGACAUCAUCACGGCGGUCCCGGUGGCCACGGAGGUCGCGGAGGUCAUGGACGCUGGGGACCUUGGGGUCGUGGCGGGCCAUUUGGUUUCGGCGGAAACUCGUUCGAUCCCUCCACCCUCGCCGCCCAUUUCUGGGACCAGUUUACUGAGAACCGCGGUAGCAACAAGAAAGAGAACAGCGACAACGAGGACUACACACCCGACGCCGACAUCUUUGACACUGAAAAUGCCUUUGUAGUUCACGUCUCGCUUCCCGGAGCGAAGAAGGAAGACGUGGGCGUGAACUGGGACGCCGAGAAGAGCGAGUUGGCUAUUGCUGGAGUCAUCUACCGCCCUGGUGACGAGGAGUUUCUGAAGACGUUGGCAAUGAACGAGAGGAAGGUCGGAGCCUUUGAGAGGAAGAUUCGACUUGGCACGCGCGCUACCCCAGCGCACAUCGAUGCUGAGGCCAUAACGGCGAAGUUGGAGGAUGGCGUGCUGAGGGUCGAGGUGCCCAAGUUGGACACCGGAUACGUCGAGGUCCGCAAGGUGGAUAUUGAGUAG